UAUAACUAUGCUACAUCCAUUCUAGAGGAUCGGUUAGUCUAUUCCCAGUUGCUUAAGCGGCUUAGGACCCUAGAUGCGCUGUCUCAGGGGUGUGGUUUUUUUAACACAAUACUGCCGAACCUGUGUAAUGCAUAUUUGGCCUUGGCUGUCUUGGGGUUAAGAGCCAUGGCUGCAUGA